AUGGGUCCCUCCGGCGCCGUCCUCGGCAUCCUGUUCUUCUCUGGGGCACUGGGUCUCACCACUUCCCCAGCCAGAGGACGGCUCCAGUGUUACACCUGCAGCUUUGCCAAGCCCUGCGACCCGGUUCCCACAGAGUGCCAGGAAGAUGAGGUGUGUGGUAUCAGUGUUGGUACCUCAGAUCAGGAGGAUGAGGUCAUCGAGCGGAAAGGCUGCCUCCCGAGGACCCAGUGCCCUCUGCUGGGCCGUGCUACCUACUGGUCACAGCCCUACGCUCUCCGCCACAAGUGCUGUGAGCAGGACCUGUGCAACACAGCAGCCUCGCAGCGACUCCCAAGCCGUCCCCUCGCCACCCUCUUGCUCCUUGGUGUCAUCUUUGCCUGGGGAGUGCAUAUCUUCAUCUAG